GCUGAAAGAGGAAGUUGAACUGGGUGAUAGAUCGUCAUUUUACUUUAUUAAACCCAGAUAACCAUAGGUGGCUAUACAACAGGAACACCAAUAGGAAGGGCUAUAUUUAUGUAAUAUGUGAUGUAAUAAUAUUCUGUAUUAUAACAUUCUGAGUUUUUCCUGUAAAAGUUAGAGCAAACUUACAAGUUGUUUCAACUGAAAGACAUUUCUUUGAGAGUAAAUGGCUUCUAAAUUAGAAGAGGAUUUUUCCUGUCCUGUGUGCUGUGACAUCUUCAAGGAUCCCGUACUCCUGUCAUGUAGCCACAGUUUGUGUGGCGCCUGCCUGCAGCAGUUCUGGAAGUGCAAACGGUCCAGAGAAUGUCCAGUCUGCAGGAGGAGGUCAUCAAGGGAGUUUCCGCCCCAGAAUCUGGUUUUAAAGAACCUGUGUGAGACCUUCUUACAGGAGAGAAGUCAGAGAGCUUCAGCAGGGUCUGAGGUGCUCUGCAGUCUACACAGUGAGAAACUCAAGCUCUUCUGUCUGGAGGAUAAACAGCCUGUGUGUCUGGUGUGUCAGGCUUCAAAGAAACACACCAACCACAAGUUCCAACCUGUAGAUGAGGCAGCAGCUGACCUUAAGGAGGAACUGAACAUUCGACUGAAAAUGUUUCAGAAGAAUCUGCAGGACCUUGAAGGAGCUAAACUCACCUAUGGGAAAACAGCAGAAAUAAUUAAGACUCAGACCCAGAACACAGAGAAGCAGAUCAAUGAGGAGUUUGAGAAGCUUUACCAGUUUCUACAAGAUGAAGAGGCAGCCAGGAUAGCUGCACUGAGGGAGGAAGAGGAGCAGAAGAGUCAGAUGAUGAAGGAGAAGAUUGAGAAGAUGAGCAGAGAGAUCUCAUCUCUUUCAGACACAAUCAGAGCCAUAGAGGAGAAGAUGGGAGCUGAUGAUAUCACAUACCUGUUGAACUACAAGAGCACAGUGGAAAGAGCCCAGUGCACACUGCAGGAUCCAGAGAGGGAUGCAGGAGCUCUGAUCAAUGUGGCAAAGCACCUGGACAACCUGAAGGUCAAAGUCUGGAAGAAAAUGAUUGCUCCUGUGACUCUGGAUCCCAACACUGCACACCCAGAUCUCAUCCUGUCUGAGGAUCUGACCAGUGUGAGAUAUGUUAAAAAUAACCCACAGAGGUUUAAUACAUAUACCAGUGUCCUUGGCUCUGAGGGCUUUAACUCUGGGACUCACUGCUGGGAUAUGGAGGUUGGGGAGAACACAGAGUGGGCUGUGGGUGUGAUGGCAGAGUCUCUCACGAGGAAGGGAAGCAUAUACUCCAGGCGUGGGCGGUGGCGUGUGGUGUAUAGAGAUGGUGAAUAUGGAGCAGGUGCUCCUCCUCAUGGUGACACUCGCCUCACAGUGAAGCAGAAACUCCAGAGGAUCAGAGUGCAGCUGGACUGGGACAGAGGAAAACUGUCAUUCUCUGACCCUGAUAAUAACACACACCUACACACUUUCACACACACUUUCACUGAGAGAGUGUUUCCAUACUUUAAUACUCCCUGUAGUCUCUGUCCUCUGAGGAUCUUACCAGUGAGUCAUUAAUAACAGCAGAGCAGCACUGAUGGAGCUGAUGGUGUCUCUGACUGGACUCUCAUAAGGCCAGUAGGUGUGAUGAGGGUGGAGGUCAGAUAGGACAGAUUAAUGGAUAAUAACCAUGUGUGUGAUAUUAGCUAAUGCUAUGUAAUCAGUUUAAUA